UUGUGACGCUAUAUCUCAAGCAAAAAUUGAUCGUCGAUGUAAAGCUGUUCCUUCAUUUUGUGCAAGCAAGAAGCUCUGCGUUCACACAUCCAUUGCAUAUUUCGAUUUAUAAAAAUAGUUUGCAAAGAAACCAGUUUGCUAUCAUACCAAGUUAAUAUACAUUUCACAAGCUUCAAGAACUGACAAUGUCCACGCAGUGAGAAACAUCGAGGUAAAGAAACAGAAUAAAAAUGAAAUGAACACUGGACAGCCUGUAAGCUAUUACAUCAGCACAGGAACAGUUGUACCUCUUCAAAAAGGAAGGACAUAUAUUGGUUUUGAGUUCACUAGUAACAACGGCCUAAAGAGUUUUCGCUUGUAAUACAAACGGACCAAUGAGACUCAAAUUGCCUUACAUGGGUAAAAUUGCUGGUUUGGCUUUGAUCCAGUCAACUGUUAGUGCGUUAGGCCUUCUCCUUACAUCCGUCAUUUGGAACAAGUGGGAAAGCUGCCAUUCAGUGAUAGAUGGAAGGCUCGUCAUGUACCGCACAGGAUUAUGGGAAAAAUGUAUAGAUGACCAUAUCCUAAGGGUCAGUGAAUGCGCAGCACUUGGAAAAGAGACUGCGCCCUUAAAAUCUGUGAUAGUGUUGAUGCUAUUGGCCAUCUCUCUCCAAGCCAUCUCUAUCAUCAUGGGCCUAAUCAUUCGAAGAUAUGAGAGACAACAAUGCCUGAUUAUUGUGCCAAUUAUAUUCAACUUUGCUGCUGCUUUGUGUGGGACGAUUGGCCUCUCCGUGUAUGCUGCUCAUUACGACAAAAAGAACUGUCGUCUCGGUGCCAGUUACGUCAUAGGCUGGGUCGGCAUGCUGGAAGUAUACCUAAGCUGCUUUCUUUACAUCCUAGUUGCACAUGGAAAAUAGGAUAUGGACGCAUAGAACUCAGUUUUUAUUUUAAGCAGAAAGGCACUUUUAUCAGACCACGAUUACACGAUGAUCCUAACAGGGGCGGAUCCAGAGCAAACUUGAAGGAGGGGCAGUCGGUAGUGGGGGUGCUAAGAAAUUUUCAAAAAUUGGUGACGCGAGUACGCUGUAUAUCUAAACAAUUUCAGAUCAAUUUUCGGAAUAAACAACAUAUCUUUUAACUAACCCUUGAAGCAAAUUAACCUAUCUGUCUCAGAAUCUUUUUCAUCUGAUUCUCAAUCUUCAAAAGGGGCUCACAAUUUCCAAAAAAGGGGCGUCAUACUUGCCACUGGCCACUGGACCCGAUAAAAAAGUGCUGUUGUUAAGCAUCCCGUUUACUACCCUGGGUACUAGAGCAACAUAAAUUCGAGAGCAGAAAUAGAAGAUAAGAGUGAAGAAACGGAGUAGCAUCUACGCUCCUCCGUGUCUCUGCUUGGUCUUCUAUUUACGCACCCGAAAUUUGGUGGCCCUGAUACCUAGGGUACCCGUUUACUCGAGCUCAGGGACGCCGGAGA